UUUUAGACCCGGAAGUGACGUUACCAUUUCUAGGCAAGCCGAAAACAACACCUCCAUUUAUCGAACACAAGUCUUGGUUUUUAGCACGAGCGCAGCAUUUUCGAGCACAAACAAAAUAUGACAGAAAACAGCACGAAACACAUAACUAUUCAACUGGGAGAGUCAGUACCACUGCUGACUCAAUGCAACAGAUGUUGCACCUUGUUCCAUUGUCCUUUUUGUAGUGGUAAUGUUUUUAAGCCGUCCAAACUGGAAAAACUAAAAAAACAAUUGAAGAGUCAUUUCAAGAAGGCAGUUCUCCAUGAAGGUUUUGCCAUCCACAGAUGUGGUUUAGACUGCAGGCCAUCACAGCAUUAUCACUGCCCCUACUGCCAGACUACAAUAUUUAGGAGAAGUGACUUUGAAAAUCACUUGCUUGUUUGUAAAUGCAAACAGAAUGCGUUUUCAACUACCAAAGCACCAUCUUCAACCCUGGAAACCAGACCAAUUACCAAUGUAACAAUGACUGUUCCACCAACCCUGAAAACUCCACCAAGUGCCAGUGGCACAAUGACUGCUCUCCCAACCCUGGAAACUCCACCAAGUGCCAUUGGCACAAUGACUGUUCCCCCAGCCCUGGAAACUCCAUCAAUUGCCACUGCCUCAGUUACUGUUCCACCAGCCUUGGAGACUCCACCAACUGCCUGUGCCACAAUGGCCGUUCCACCCAUAACCAUAGUUUACACAGGAAAGGUUCGUUUGCGUGCAGUGGUCAGAAUGAGGUGCCCAAUUUGCAAUGUUCAAAUUAAUAAGUGGAACUUGAAAAAACAUAUUGACCGCAAACACACAGAGCAAAAAACACUAGACAUCAAUGCUAGAUGCCAUCUUACCAGUCAAUGCAUUGAUGGGAAAAAUGGCAUUUUUGCUGUUAUGAAGACAUUUAAAGGGCAUAGCAUACCACUUCAUGUACAGUGUAAAACAUGGGGGGAAAUUCACACUGUGCUAUGUGAAUCCAAUGAAUGCCAGAUCAAUAUGGAAGUAGCACAAAGGAGUGGUCUUGUAUCUUAUCACUGCAAACACAUCAGGUCAGUUAGCUACUGUACUUCCUUGGCCAAGACCAUUUUGCUGUCUGAGAAAGUAUUGUCGGAGAUGGUGAGCGCAAAGUGGUUUAGUGAAGAAAAGAAGAAGACCUGCCUUGCUCGACAGCAGCUUGCGAACACCAACAGGGUUCCACUGUCAGUUAUCACGACAAUUGGAAUACCACAAACAAAAAAAUGCAUUUCUGUCUAUGAACCAUCUAUGUCCUAUUACAGCCGCUUGGGACGUGUCAUUGUUGUUUAUGAUGCAAAGUUAAACACCUGGCACUGUCCAUGCACCAGAUUAAGGCGAUCUUGCAUUCACAAAUAUAUUGCCAAAUGGCACUUGUUUGAGACCCACCAUGAACUUUUCAGGACCGUCAUUAGUACAGAGGAAGCACUGCAAGCAAAUGAGCAACUCUGUUCUUUUGAAGAAAGGAAUGUGAGAGAUGAUCAUUCUGUUUAUCCUCCAAAAGGUGUGGGACUAGAGAGUAUAGUGACUUAUAUUUUGUGGAACAAGAAGAUACCUGCUGCCCUGCCAAAGAAUUUGCAUGUACCAACAGCUUACAUGCACUAUCCAAAGAACCUUUUUCCGGAAGAAACAAUGUGCCAGAGAUGCCCCAGCAUUGUCCCACUUAGUGACCCUAUGCUGAUUACACGAAAGGCAAAAAUACUGACCAACUGGUGCAUUAUUGAAGUUAUUUCCACUUACUGCAAGCAGUGCCCACAGUGUGGAAUGUUCUAUCGCUACCAAAAGUGGAAAGACCACCUCCACAAUUUUAACGAUUACAUUAUUCUUGACUUGGCAUUAUGCCUGACCUUGAAAAACCUUCUCCAGGUCCAUACUGCAGUGAGCAGAGCUGUUGAAUAUUUACAGCUCACAGCAGGUGUGCAGUUUCCACCAUCGGACACAGUGCUGCAUGCCUAUUUACAUUUUGAGGCCCUGAUGGAUCAUGAGUAUAAGUACUCGUGUGUCACUUGUGGUGAUCAUCCCCCAGUGGUGGUAAUGGAUUUGCACAAAAAAGGUGUUUUCAAGAUAUCAGUAAAUGAUAUAAAAAAACCACCAGAGAAUUUCAGAGGAUAGGUUGAUUUGGAAACUUUUUGGGAGGCAUUGUCCAAGGAGAUGAUUUGUCGUGGAUUUGUUUUCAGUGGAAGAUGUAAUCCUUUUGCAGUACCACCAAGUUUUCACUUUUGGGCUCCUUGGAUAGGCAGGAGGACUCGGUGCUCAAAUGUUGUGGUGAACACUGAAUUUGAAAAGAUUCAUUCUCCAAAGUCUUUGUCUGAGGCUGCUGAAAUUUUGGUUUCAGAAGACAGGCUUAUAGAUGAACUUUUCAAGCAGAAGGUUGAAGUGAUAAGAAAAUUGUGUAAAGAGUGUGGACUGGAUUCCAGUGGAUCACGUAGUGACCUGCUACUUAGACUAUCAAAUGAAAUGAAGUCUAGGCAAAUGUAUGACAAAAUAUUUCAAAAAAUUUGGGCAGUCUCUGGUGGAUGGGCAGUAAUCAUGUAUCCAUGUGGGAUUGUUUACAGCCUUAAAUGUAAUCUGCGAGCUGAAAGCCCUCAUGACUUUGCUGAUUUGCUGCUGUCAUGGAAACACAUGCCGAAUGUGGUAAUUUAUGACUUUGCCAGGGGUCUUGCCACACAUACUAAUCUCAGGGUACCAGAAAAGCUGCCCUUCUCUCCAUUUGAAGGACGUUUAGCUGAACCUACUGAAAGCAGCCUAGCACUGGCCACAUGCGGAAAGCUGAAAGUGUCCCUACCUUGGCUGAACACUAAAAAGGUAAUGGCAGAUCCAGAUGGUCAUCCCACAACGGGUUCUUCUGAUCAUUAUGCACUGUAUGAUAGAUUUCAUGAGAGCAAUACCAAAGACCGUAGGGAUAUCCUGAGGAAACUCACCUUGGUACCACAGCUGGCUGGGAGGGUGAAUAGUCAGGUUGCUGAACAACUGUUUGCUAAGAUGAGGAAAAACAACUACUUCUUGAAUAUGACAAUGCCAUCAACCCAUCUCUUUCAAAUGAGGAACAUAAUUCAUCACUACAAUCAAAACAGGAACAACAACAUUUUAAACAGGCUAAAGAAGACUUUUGGGUCUGAAAUGGUGAUGAAUGUUCAUGGACUGGCCAUGUUCGGAAAUCCAGAUGUGCAUCCAGAGGAAACAAAUCCUGAUAUGGACAGGACCUCUUCCCUUGCUAACAUUGCAACAGUUGCAAGAGGUGUGUUUUUGCUACUUAUUGCAAGAUGUAAGUUUAUGUCUUCUGAUUCACACUCUAAUAUCUUUUUUUUGUUUGUUUGCUUUUUGAUUAUUGAAACCAAAUCAGAGGAGAACCCUGCUCUGAUAAAUGUUAAGACUGCCUCAACUAAAGAAUACCCAAUUAUGUAUCAGAUUCAAGACCUGUCUGCCAGUAGAACUUGCUGGGAUUGUCAGCCAAGCAAUGAACAAAUAAAAAUGCUUGAUUGGAUUUUGGGCAAGAAUGACCCAGAAGAGAAAGUGGCUGAAGUUGGGAACAUUACUCUCCAGAGAAAGGACUUCUGGACUUUGGGUCACAAUGAAGAGCUAGAGGCAACAAUUGCAAAUAGCUGCCUGCAAGCAAUCACAUUGGUGGCUGAUGUACAGGGGAAGAAUGUACUGGCAGUUGAUGCAUAUGUUGUGGUUACGUGGCUACCACCACUUAAUCAAGAUCCUUUUUUAUCAUUUCCAAAUAAUAUUGCGCUCAAGGAUUAUCUGCUUUUUCCUGCUUGGAAGCCUGGUCAUUGGAUGCUAUGUGUCAUGAAGCCUAAAGACAGGCAGAUGUUCUUUCUUGAUUCAGCCAUUCCUUAUGGAUUGGGAGAUGGUCGAUACUUGACGCUUUUCAGGUUGCUUAAGUUUAAUGGUUUGGAACCUGUUCAAGGUUCGCUGUUCAAGGUUCGCUGUUCAAGCCCAUACUUUAUAGGAUUGUCUCUAGAUCACCCAGAACCCUUUUCUGGAUAA